UUUGGCUCGGUGGCGCUCUCGUGCAAGUGAGAGUCUGGGAGCGCGCACCCUCCGCCGUCGACGGCUGCGCCCGGGGACUGCCGAAGAGGGAGUGGGGAUGCCGCGGCACCCGACUUAGGCCUCGGGGGGUCCGGAGGCCCAGGGGGCGGCGUGGCACGCCCAAGACGCGUCGGCCGCUGCGGCUCCAACUGGCCAUCGCUCGGACGGAAGAAUGCACACGUCCGAGCGAUGCCAGGCCAAGUCCAGCGGUCUCCCCCUUGGGUGCAGUCCUGGCUCCCACAGAGGCCGAGGGCGGCAGCUCUGCGGCCCCCUGGGCCGCGGGGGAGCGAGGCACGGUUGCCUUCGCUCGCGCCGGAAGGAGGGGGAGGAGGAGGAGGGGGAGGGGGAGGAGAGGAGGAGGAGGAGGAGCCCCCCCGACCUCGGGGGGUGCGCUGUAAGGAGCCUGGACUGCACCCAACCUGCCGAGGUGAGUUUCAAAGUCAGGCCGGACUUGCAGUCGAAAAACACGCGGCAUCGUUGCGAAGCUGCAACGCCUUGCCUGCGGGACCGCGAAAACUCCACAAAUGGCUGAAACGAGCGGGCGAAAACGGGCCUCCGUGCAAGUGCGCCCUGCUCUGCACCAAGGAGCACAGAAUGCCAACCUUCGUGGCGGGAUUCGGAAAACACACGCCACCCUC